AAAUAAAUUUGUCAAAUUAAUCAUCGUCCCCAACAAGUGAAUAUCGUCCCCAACAAGUGUAUGAAUAUUAGGGUUCCGACUUUCGACUUCCGAUCUGUUUCGGAAGUCACUGAGACUUAUUAGGGUUAGGGUUCGGGAGCGUCGAAGCAGCAGGAGGAAGACGAAGUGCGGGGUAGAGAGAGAGAGAGAGAGAGAGAGAGAGAGAGAGGUGGGGGAGAGUGAUGGGGGCUCCGAAGCAGAAGUGGACGUCGGAGGAGGAGGAGGCGCUGAGGGCCGGCGUGGACAAGCACGGCGCCGGGAAGUGGCGAACCAUCCAGAAGGAUCCCGAGUUCAGCCAUUGCCUCGCCACCCGCUCCAACAUCGAUCUCAAGGACAAAUGGAGGAAUAUGAGUAUUAGUGCCAAUGGGCAAGGUACCAGAGAAAAGGUGAGGACUCCAAAGGUGAAGAGCCUGCAAGCCACCCCAUCGUCUAGCUCUCAGGGGGUCGCUGUCUCUGUCCAGCGUAAAGAUGAAGCAACAACAGCAGCAGUAGAUCGUGCAAACAGCUCACAAGAUGCAAAAAAUCCUCCUCGGUACAAUGCAAUGAUCAUCGAAGCUCUUGCUGCAUUACAAGAACCAAAUGGGUCGGAAAUUGGUGCAAUAUGUAGCUUUAUAGAGCAAAAGCAUGAGGUGCCACAAACUUUUAGGAGGUUGCUUAGUUCAAAGUUAAGGCGGCUUGCUGCCCAGAGUAAAAUAGAAAAGGUGCAGAAGGGUUACAGGCUGAAGGAUUCUUCCUUUGCAAUAAAAACUCCAGUCCCGAAACAAAAAGAUCCUGCCAACCGCUCGAGAGUGGCACAGAGCUGUGCGAACUCUAACACAAUAAGCCACGCAGAGGCGGUGGCAUACAAAAUAGCAGAAGCCGAGGCAAAAUCAUUUCUAGCGUCAGAAGCAGUCAAGGAGGCUGAGAAGAUCGCGAAGUUGGCGGAGGAGAGCGACGCACUGUUAUCCCUAGCUAGAGAGAUUUUUGAAAGAUGUACAGAGAAAUUAUGUUGAUUGUUUACUUCUAGCAAUUUGUUUUUCUUUCGAGUUGUCGCAUGUACUUCCUUUUUCGUAUUCUUUUUUUAUGUUACAGGUUCUCGGGGUGAAGUAGUUAUGACGGCUUAAGCGGCAUUGUGGAUCUUUUAUGAUGCUUCUGGAGAACAACUUCAGUGGCUUUCGAAUUUUUUGUACAUUAAAACUUGCUUCACCGGUUACCUUACUAAUUGAACAACCCCAGAUGUAUGGUUAA